AUGGAUUUGGAUCAGGAUCAAAAUGUAGUUGAAGCUGACACACUAAUCACUUUCACCCCUCCGACUGUCUUUACCCCAGCAAUGCAAGCACACUCUCCCGCCUUUGAACGCCCAUUUCAAAUACGCCACUUCCGACCUCCAUUCGACGUCUCAAUUCAUUCAUUCAGCGGCCCCAUUCCACCCGAACGUGGGGGUACAAAGUGGACACCUGCGCGCAGCAACGCUCCACAGGACGAAAUAGCAGCUGCUGAGAACUGGGAGAAGCGAAAGCAGAUCCUCUAUCACUUCUACGCCUAA